GAGAGAGAGAGAAAGAAUAGGAAUAGCGAUUCAAUGUCACAGAUACCAACGCCCGCAGGCACUGGCAUAUACGUGAAACCCACACCUCCAGAGCCUAUGUAUUAUACCGCUCCUCCUCACGUAUGUAGAGAAAAAGCUAUAGCCGCAGAUUAGUGAGCCCGAUUCAAGGAGCAACGGAGACGGAUACGACGACGACAAUCAACAUUCAUCAUACGCACCGUGGGACGCGGCGUACAACGCAAAUGCAGCCCCCGAUCGAUCGGUACCAAAGAGCAUACACCUGCCAUUGACCACUCUCAGCAGCGCACCGCGCGUGUUGAUGUGCAGCGCCUCCGUGGGCACCGAGGGAUCCGUGACUCUGCAACUGAGGGAUGCCAACGCCUUGGAGGCAGCCUCAGCCUCAGCUUCAGCCUCUUCGAAGCCAGCGGGAACAGCAUCGAGCGGAGCAGCAACAACGUCCACGAAUGGCGCUGCAACUGCGGCAGCGACAACGCUAGACAAUGCGCUGACCAUCGGCUAUCCGGAUCCGGAAAUGUUGGCAGAUGUCUUGGGCACCAUACAGACAGCCUCUCUUAAAAACCACAACAACAGCAACUCAAUCACAGCAGCAACUUCAAGCAAUAGCUCGGCCAAAUCGGCUAUCGGCAAUCAUCUGAGUAAUCCUAAUAAGAUAACCAUAACCAGACGCAGUGUGCAAUCGGUUAGCACAUCCACCAAUACUCCCAACAGUAGCAGUAGCAGCAGCAGCAGCAGUAGCAGCAGUAGCAUCACUAGCAGCAACAGCAGCAGCAGCAACGGUACAAAGACCAAUACCAGCUACAUUAAGAACUGCUUGAUCCGCAGCAGCAGCUGCAGCAACACGGUCACCAAUGUCACGACGCUGGCGCAGAUUAUGAGCAACAGCAGCACCAGCAGUGCGGCCAGUUUACUCAAUCAGCACAACAACAACAGCAACUGCAGCAACAGCAGCAACUUUAGCACCGCCUCCUCUGUGGGUAGCAGCAUCAGCAUCGGCAGCAGCCAUAGCAACGGCAGCAACAGCAGCAGCGGCAGUAGCAACAGCAACAGCAACGACAGCAACAGCAGCUCCGGCGGUGGACAUAGCCUCAGCUUCAAGAGCUCCGGACACGGUCAUAGCAGACAUGUUUCCGCUUCCGGCGGAGUAAGCACAGCGGCAGCAGCCACCAACACCAACUCGUCAGGGAUUGGGAUUGGCAUUGGUGGGAUUAUCAGUGUUGAAGCGCCGCGCAAGAAUCGACCCAAAUUAUCCUCACCGACGCGACACGGUCCGCAGCAGUGUCAGACUUGUUGCAAGAUCUUUGGAAAUGCCUCGGCGCUGGCCAAGCACAAACUGACGCACAGCGACGAGCGGAAAUACAUCUGUGCGCUCUGCUCGAAGGCAUUCAAGCGGCAAGAUCACUUAAACGGACACAUGAUGACUCAUCGGAACAAGAAGCCUUACGAGUGUAAGGCGGAUGGCUGCGGCAAAUCCUACUGCGACGCCCGCUCCCUGCGACGGCACUCGGAGAAUCACCAUGCGGGUGGUGCCACCACGCCCACCACCACCAGCCAGCAGUCACUCUCGCCCACCGCCAGCUCGAGCGGAGCGAGCAGCAGCAGCAGCAGCGGUGUGGGUGUGGCCACCAGUUCGCUGAGUCUCUCGCCGGCCACGGCCAGCGGGGAUGCCAGCUCUCCGGACGGAGCCACCUGCAUUCGCACGUACAUCUCCACAGGGAGCUCGGUGGUGGAUGCGGCCACCGGCAUCGCAUUGUCGGAUGAGCAGAUCAAGGCCAUGAACCUGCCGAUCAAGACGGGUGUGACCCUGCUAUCGCCCACCACUUCGACAUCGUCAAAUGCCUCCUCCACGGCCUCGUCAUCGUCCUCAGCCUCUGCCUCUGCCUCUAUCUCGUCACUCUCCUCGGCGACAUCUGGUAUAGGUUUGACAGCGGGAUCGUCACCUUCUGGCGGUGGCACUGUGAUAGCCACCAGUUCGCCAGCGCCGACCAUCACGCUCAGCGAUGGUAUGAGCCUCGAGGGCGAGGGCCUCACCAGGGAGCAGCUGGACCUCAUCAGCAAGAUCAUGCAGCAGACGAAGCAAACGAGCGCCCAGGUCACCGUCUCCUCGCCCACCAGCGUCAGCUCCUACAAGAUCAACACGAAUUCGGCGCCGUCGCAGGCCAGGCCAAGGACCUGGAACAUGCAAUUGCUCAACAAUGCACAGAAUGUGACGGUCACCGUUGAGGACAACACCGAUUUGGUGGCUCCUUCAUCUAGUUCUCCUGUGGAGGUCAAAGAGGAGGAACUGAGUCCCCAGUUAGUGGCCGCCAUCAAUCCCCACCUGCUCAAUAUUGUGAAGCUCGACAAGCCCGUCGAGUGUAAUCUAUGUCACCGAAAGUUCAAAAACAUACCCGCCCUUAAUGGGCACAUGCGUCUCCAUGGUGGUUACUACAAGAAGGAUCCGGAAACCAAGCGCAGUGAGAAAAAGGACUCCAGUGGUCCACCCCUGCAGACGGCCAGCAUUGGAGUCAGAGCCCUCAUCGAGGAGAAGAUCAUCAGCAAGCGCAAGGAUAUGACAAAGGGUUCCUUUGUGGUUCCCGCACCGCCUCAUAGCAGCGGCACCACCACCACCCUACGUCGAUCCAUCAGCGAUCUGGAGAGUUUCCUCAAUCCCAAGAGCAGCUCCAGUGGUCACACCCAGACCCUGACCACCAGCACUGGCACCACCACAGCGGUGCUUCCGGCGGCCACCACCAUUAAGAGCAGCAACGGGCUCAGCAUCCAGCAGAUCGGACUGCCGCAGAGCAUCGAGAUCUUCAGCGGCGGCCAGAAGCAGGCAAAGACUCUGAAUCUGGGUAGUGGUACCAAUACCAUCACUAUAACCACCAACAAUGUGCCCACCACCACCACAAUGAGUGCACUGACUGCCUUGAAGGCCGGCGGCACCAUUAGCGGCAUUUCCACGGCCACCAAUACGGAUCCCAAGGACUCCACACUGAUAGAGCUCCUCAAGCGGGGCACACGCAUUGCAGUGACUUCGAAGAAGGCACAGGCUCAGUGCCAAACGACGUCCGGUGUCUUAAUGACAUCCAGUUCCACGGCCACGCAAUCGAUGGGCACCCUCACCGAGUUAACCACCAUUGGCGGAAGCAGUGUCCAGACAGUGGGACGUCAGAUUAUCACAAACAACAAUCGCACCGUGAUCAUACCCUCCGAUGUCCAAGUAGUGUCCACCAAGAGCAAACUAAGCAGCCUGACCAGUCUGGUGAAGAGCACUAGCACCUCCACCUCCAGUUCCACCAACACCAGCUGCUCCUCGAGCAAUAUCUCGCUUGCUGACGGCACUCCACUCUCGCUCACCAUAGCGGCCAGUCAGGAAGGAUCCACUGGUGGGGUUCCAAGUGGGACUGAGGGUGUGAUCACGAGCGGAGGCGGCGGUGUCUACACUGUGACCUACACCAGCGAUGGCACCGAUCUGUUCGACGACGCCGAGGUUUACAACGUGUCCGACACGGAGAUGCUGCUGCAAACGGUGGACUCGAUGGAGCUGCUCAACGAUGACGAGGAGGAGCCACAGAUCAAGAGCGAACAUUCCGAGGACUUUGCCCUGCUGAGCGAGGCUGGGGACAGUGAGCACACGCAGCUGGUGAAGCUGGAGACGGAGAGCGUGCAGAGCGGCUGCAACACCUCCUCUGGAGGAGCGGGAGCGGGAGCCAAUACCACACCGCUGCCCACCUUCCAGCAAUUCCAUUCCAAGGAGCUGAUCAUGCAGAACAGUUCGCAGAUCCAGGCCAUUGCCAGUAUGCGGGCCAGCGGAAAUGGUGCUGGUACUGGUAAUGGCAGUGGCGUCCUGGCCUCGCCGCUCCACUCACCGCUGGCUUAUCCCACGCCACCGUCGAGCCACGAGAACAUGGCCCAAAGCUCGCCCUUCAUCGAAGAUGCGGCUGCUCAGUUUGUAGACGCCAGCAACACCUUCUUCGGUGAUAAGACAGACUUCUCGCACAUCUACUUCAAGACGGAUGAGGGCCAGGCCACCAUCGAGCAGAUGAACGAGCAUGACAAUGAGAAGAUCCUCAAGCUCAAGUCGGUGCUGGAGGAGAGUAGCUUCGAUCCGUCCAUCAAGGUGGAGGAUCUGCUCAAUGGCACUGAUGACGACACUGAGUGCGAUCUGCGUGAGUUCGCCGAAACGAAUCUGUCGUUCCUUGACGAGGACCAGGAGUUCCUCAACGAUUCUCGCAAUGCCACCUCCCCGCUCUCGGAGUCCUUCUUCACCAGCGGCAUUGGUUCGGCGGAGGAUGUGAAGCAGGUCCUGCGCGAAGUCCUGCCGGAUGAGAACAUGCAGCUGCAGCUAACCAGCGAGCAGCAGGGCGAGAAUAUCAUCGAUCUCUACUACCUGCCCGGCCUGGGAUUGCAGUCUCAGAUGAUGCCCAACUCGGAGGACCCCUUGUUGUCCUCAUCGCCCAGGGAGUUUGGUCAACAGCGGCAGCAGAUGGGCAGCAUGCAGCCUCUGGAGCAGCAGCUCCAGCAGAAUGGCAAUCUGUAUCAGCAACAGCAGCAGCAGCAGCAGGAGCAGCCACAGCAGCAGCUCCAGGAGCAAACCCAGCAGGAGCAACCACAGCAGCAGCAGCAGCAGCAGCAGCAAUACCAGCAAAUCAUUCUCCCCCAGCAAACAUCAAAUCAGGGAGAAUCCCUGCCAACGGUGGUGCAGCAGCAGAACGAUUUCAUGCUGCCCCUGGUGGGGGGACAUGGCUUCUCUCAGGUAUCCUCCGGACAGACCCAGUACGUGGACAAUGGUCAGGGUAAUAUACAGGAAAUGCAGCCCCUCAACAGCCUGCUGCAGCCGCUGCUCUACCAAGGAGGAGUCACUUCCAAUGGCAUAGCCGCCGGCGGACAAGAGAGUUUGCUGCACACCGAUUGUCAAAUGAAUACCAAUCAGGGUCAGACAACGACGACUCUGGAUGCCAGUCUGCUGUUCGCCUGCGGCAACACCACCAAUAGUACAGCCACGACAAUGGGUAAUAAAUCCCUGCUAGCCUCGGGGCCCUUGCCUGGCACUGUGGCCAAUCUGCAGCCGCUGUCAAACCAAACCAAUUCCAUAUUGAAGCGCCGCCUGCGCUCCAGUGCGCCCCAGGAGACGCACAAGUUUUCCAAGUUCCACACGCUCUCGCCGCACCGCUCCAAGCUGCGUAAGCCCUCCCGCACCCAUUAUACGCCCGCUCCGAUCCUGAAUCCGGAUCGGAAGGGCACUGGACUCUACUGCAGUGUCCGCAAGCAGUUGGGUCUGGGCCAGGGUCUCUUCGAUGCCUUCGACGACGACUUUGGGGAUCCGGUCGGUCUGGUCGACUUCUCUGACGAGUCCAAGGUGAAUCUGGGUUCCACUUACCAGGCACAGAUACCCAGCUGCCGGCCGCCGGAAGAGGCUGCACGAGAACCACUCUGCGCCGAGCUAAUGUGGAAUCCGGAGGUGCAGGAGGACGAGAAGAUUCUGAUGCGCUACAUUGAUCUCAGCAAGUCAUCGGCCGUGCCCAUGGGCAGUCAUUCCGAGGAGGUGGCGCUCCAAACGCUGCUCAAGGCCAGGGGCAACUCGGCGGCUGCGGUGCUCACCCUGCUCCAGACCCAAUCCGGUGCCUUCCAAAUGAAGUGGACGGCCUUCGAGCUGGAACAGUUCCUGCGGGGCCUGGAGAAGCAUGGCAAGGACUUUGGCAAGAUCGCUAGCGAGCUCCUCACCAAGUCCUCUGGCGAGUGUGUGCAAAUGUACUACUUCUGGAAGAAGUUGUGUGUGGACUAUAAGGUGUCGCACCUAAAGAUGGAGCCGGUGGUGGUGAUCACACCCGCCGUGGAGAAGCCCUAUGUAUGCGAGAUUGCCGACUGCUCAGCGAGCUUCAGUUCGAAGGCGGCGCUGCACGGUCAUGUCCGCAUUCACGCUUAUGGUCGCAGCAACAGUAGCAACACGAGCAAUAGCACCAACAAUGGCAACAGCAGUAGCAACAAUAGCAACAAUAACCAGCAUGGCACGGCCACUAGUGUCAAUGGUAGCAGUGGCAACAGCAGCAGCAACACCAACAACACCUGCAGCGGCAACAUCAGCAGCAGCAACAUUAACGGCAGCAGCAACUACGCCUGCAACAGCAGCUGCAGCAACAAUAAUCCCGCCAGCAAUGCAGCAACUGCAGCAACAGGAGCAGGUGCCACACACGGUAGCAACUGCAGCCAGAAUUCUGGCGGAAUGACUGGAGGUGCUGCCACCUCGUCUGCAACCUCGGCCACAUCUAAGUCGGAACAGGGAAUUAACGCCAUACCAGGUGCCGCCAAGGAGGGCGAGUUUCCCUGCAAGGUGUGCGGCAAGGUCUUCAAUAAGGUGAAGAGUCGCAGUGCGCAUAUGAAAACCCAUCGUGUCCAGGAGCCGGAUCAGAAGCACCAGCAACUCAGCCAUCAGACGGCAGCAGCAGCAGCCGGAGCAGGAGCAGGAUCAGGACUGGCCACCGUGCCCACUGCAUCCAGCAUCACCACAUCGUCGUAGGACGAAAUAUGAGAGAAAAACAUACAAAAAUCGAUUGACAAUCGCAUUAAGCAAGCAGCAAGCAUUGUUUACCACUGUUAGAAUUUAUGCUUAGACGAAUUUGAGUCUAAAAAAAAAAUCAAUGUCACGUGUACGUAGUAGUUAAAGGCAUUUCUUCACUAGAUCUAUCUCUAUCUCUAAAUCUAUCUGUAUCUGUACCCCGAUUCCGAUUCCGAAUCUUUAUCUAGCGAUCACCUUCUCUCUAAACUAUCACCUAAGUAGCAAACACUUCGACUCGCUUUAGGGUAUAAGUCUAGCCAAGGAUUGGUACAAGUUCAAAUUGAAUUGUUAUUGACUAUAUACAUACAUAUAUGGUAGGCAGGUGCAAUAUUUAUGUUGGGGUAAUCCAUACGAAUACGAAUACGAAUAUGUAAAUGUAAAAUGUAUACCUACCGUUUUUUUAUA